AUGGAUGAACGGUCUGAUUGGCGGGGUAGCGACCCCCAAGCCCCUACCCAUCACUUUGCCGCACCUUUCCAACACAGUACCCACGGGAACGAACUAGCCCAGAAUACCAACUCAGCCACACUUGCAGCCCUCCAAGCAAUGGAAAGUGUCAUAGUAGGUAACGUCAAAGAGGAAGACAGACUUGCAACACGGCGGUUUCAAGCGAGUCAAUACUUGCACAUAUCAUCUCCACGUAAUCCUACCGAAAUAUACGAAUUGAACGAGACCGGGGGCCUGCAUUCGAGCUUGGCCGGGGAUCUCCAUCUAGGGCCAAUUCCGACUCUUCUUCCGCAACAUACGGAGGCUGCCACGACGCAGAGACAGAACCAGGCUAUAUUUAACUUCUUGAGCAGAGGCACAGAUCCGAAACACAUUCUUGAUUAUGUUGAGAACUUCCGAAUCAUGCUACUUUCAGGGAACUUCCAUGACCUUGCCAUCAUGGCUGAGAUACCAUCGGAGGAACUCGCUAAGAGGGUUGAGGAUGUCGUCAGUCACUCAAACCCUACAACCGUCGUGGACCCCCCAAAGAUCAAGCGCGAACCUCCCGACGAAAAGCCUAACCAUCCCCCCACACAUGCGGACGGAAGCCAAAAGAGUAAGAGAGCAAAGCUCAGGGAUGCAACGAACAAGAAGCCGCAACCCCCUGUCUACGGAUGCUUAGGCAAUGGAGGCAAGUGUCAGGAGCGAAAACACAGAUAUUGGAGGUCGAAGAAAGAGUUCCGGACACACUUCGAGACCCACCUAGAAGAUUACGAUACGCCUGAGGGCUUUAAAUGCCCAGCUUGUGAGAAGAGGAUGCUAUCGCCUGGCAUCGUCUCUAUCACCACCACAUCAUUCUCCCAUGGUCGAGAUCUGGCAAUGCAUGUGUGGUUCGAGCACAUGGUCCCCUCGACCACAUCGAAGCAACCCCAGGAUACUUCACUGGUGGCGAAAGGCGAACCACGAGAAGGCUCAACUGCCAGACAGGAUGAGCCCCGCGACCUCGAGCUAGGAAGUCACUUCCAGAACACCAUCGAGAUGGAGGAAAAUGGCGAUGAACCCUGGGAGUGUCCAGACACUCAACAUGGCCAACCUGGUGUCAGCGAGCUCAACCUAUGGUCUGUCAACGACAGUACAUACAGCGCCGAUGCUGCAUCUCGUACUUGA